AUGCCAUCUCCAGCGAAACUCAGCCUUGCGCAGCUGCAAAAGCAGUACAGCUUGCGCCAUCCGACGUCGCGCCAACUACUUCUCGCCCACACUCUCGACCUGCUGCGCAACAUCCUACUCGCCGCAUUCAUCCUACGCUUGACCCGGAAGACCGUGAUACAGCUUCGCGGUUACGGUUUGUUCGGAUCCCUGAAGCAGCUGUACAGCACGAUCUAUCUCAAGCUCUACGGCCUCUUCCUACGAUUGCCUUUCGUACAGGCCAAAGUACGUGCCGAUGUCACGAAAGCCAUUCUUGAACUCGAGACGAAACUGGUACCGUCUGGCCCCGGUAUAACAAAUUUCACAGCUCUUCCGGCGACAGGAUGGACGCCAGAACAGAUACACAAAGAGCUGGAGAAGCUGAGUGACAUGAAACAUACAAGAUGGGAAGAUGGCAGAGUCAGUGGAGCGGUAUACCAUGGCGGCGCUGAGCUUUCAAAGCUUCAGACCGAAGCCUUCGAGCGGUUCGGUGUGAGCAAUCCGAUCCAUCCGGAUGUCUUCCCUGGCGUGCGAAAGAUGGAGGCUGAAGUCGUUGCAAUGACAUUAGGUCUCUUCAAUGCGCCAGAGCGCGGUGCCGGUGUCACGACAAGUGGCGGUACUGAGAGCAUCUUGAUGGCAGUAUUGUCGGCCAGACAAAAGGCAUAUCACGAGCGUGGAGUACGGGAACCAGAGCUGAUCCUACCAAAUACGGCGCACACUGCUUUCCGGAAGGCUUGCGAAUACUUCAAGAUUCGCCUGCAUCUUGUGCCAUGUCCGGAGCCGAGCUACCGCGUCCACGUACCCACGGUUAGCAAGCUCAUCAACGCGAACACUAUCAUGCUGGUUGGGUCAGCUCCUAACUUCCCGCAUGGCAUCGUUGAUGACAUCCCUGCGCUCUCCAGGCUGGCCGUGAAGCACAAGCUCCCGCUACAUGUGGAUUGUUGCUUGGGCUCUUUCGUAAUCGCAUUCCUCGCCAAAGCAGGCUUUCCAUCGCCAGACUUCGACUUCAGAGUUCCAGGCGUGACAUCAAUAAGCGUAGACACUCACAAGUACGGCUUUGCACCAAAGGGAAACAGUGUGGUCUUGUAUCGCAAUGCCGAGCUCAGAAGAUACCAAUACUAUGUAUGCCCAGACUGGUCAGGUGGUGUCUACGCUUCUCCAAACAUGGCAGGAUCAAGACCUGGAGCUUUGAUUGCUGGAUGCUGGGCCUCCCUGAUGAGAAUGGGUGAGGAUGGGUAUCUCGACACCUGCUUAAAGAUCGUAGGAGCUGCUCAAAAGAUCGAAGACGCCAUUCGAAACUCGGACAAACUUCGCAACAGCAUCACCGUCAUCGGCAAGCCCAUGGUGUCUGUAGUCGCAUUCCGGGCCGCACGCAACAAAGACUCAACACUUGCAGUAGACAUUUACGAUGUUGCGGAUGCCAUGUCAGCGCGCGGAUGGCAUCUGAAUGCCCUGCAGGAUCCGGCGGCUAUUCACGUUGCCGUCACAAUCCCGAUUGUGAAUGCUGUGGACGAGCUGAUCAAGGACCUUGAAGAGGUGGUGGAUUCUAGCAAAGGACAUAUCAGUUCGAAGAAGGGAAAUGCGGCUGCCUUGUAUGGUGUUGCUGGAAGUAUCCCGGACAAGAGUAUUGUGAGGGAUCUUGCAAGUGGGUUCUUGGAUACUUUAUACAAGAACUAG